AUGGCAUUAGAUCGUGCAGUUAAAGAUAAAAUUCAUUUUAAACAAGAUCCUGAACAAGAGAAAGCAUCCCAAGAAUGGAUUGAAGCUGUUACUGGUGAAAAAUUUUCAACAGAUGAUUAUGCUGAAGCUCUUCAUGAUGGUGUUCUUCUUUGCAAAUUAAUGAAUAAACUUAAGCCUGGUUCAAUACCAAAAAUUCAUACACAAGGUGGUCCAAUGAAAUUACGAGAAAAUAUUGGUCUUUUUCAAAAUGCAGCACGUGCAUAUGGUGUUAGUGACAGUGAAGUAUUUCAAGCAGUUGAUUUAUUUGAUAAACAAAAUCUUCAACAAGUUACAUUAUGUGUUUUUGCUUUAAAUCGUCUUGCACAAAAACAAAAUUUUCAAGGACCUAAAUUAAAUUAUCAAACUAAAUUACCUACAUACGAUUAA